AUGGCUCGUCUACUGCAAUCAUUGCGUCGAGCCCUAGGCUUAACAUCUUCCACUCCUGUUCCUCGCUAUGCCCGCUCAAUCGACACCAAUUUCUCCGUCUUUCGGGAGGGAGAUAGAGUUGUGGUCCAUGGCAAGUCGCCGCUACUAAGCAAACCCUUGCGGAAGGGUCAUAAAUCCGACACUCGUCGCGGACAAUUGGAGCACGACAACAUCAUCGGCCGGAGGGUACGGGAUCUGGUGCAGGCGCGGAAAGGCCCUGAAUACCGACUCUCCCUCCCUACCCUCGAAGAAUAUGUUGCCAUGACCCCCCGUCUAGUCACGCCGAUCUAUUCAGCAGACGCCAACCUCAUCGUUUCCCUCCUCGACAUCCACAUCGCACCCCCAGCUGAAGGAUCAGACACACCGCCCCUUGAAAUCCUCGAAUCCGGCACCGGCCACGGCUCCCUGACCCUACACCUAGCGCGCGCCAUCCAAGGCGCCAACUUUACUCCUCCACCCCUCCCCCCAAGCUCGCAAGUCACAUACCUACCCACCAAACCCGGCGAGGUCUCGACCCGCAAGUUACAGCCCCCCGCAGAAGGCGCUUCAGAAACGACCGUGGACCCCGACCAGGAGAACUGGGACGCCUGGCGCUCUCAACGCAAAGCAAUCAUCCACAGCGUCGACGUGACGCCCAAAUCAUCCGUCCACGCCGAAGGUAUCGUCCGAGGUUUCCGUCGCGGCAUCUACGCAGGCAAUGUGGAUUUCUACGCCGGGCACGUAGAGGACUGGAUCGCAGAGCAGAAGAGACAACGCGCACCGACAGGCCUCCUUUCCUCGCUCAAGAAAGAUGAAGUUGAGCCGUUCCUCUCCUACGCAAUCCUGGAUAUGCCCUCCGCGCAUCUACGGAUCCCCCACGUCGCCUCGAUCCUGAAGCGGGAUGGCAUUCUAGCUGUUUUCAUGCCGAGCGUGACGCAGAUCGGCGACUGUGUGGAGCUCAUUCGUCGACAGAGACUACCUUUCGUCCAGGACAAGGUUGUCGAGCUCGGAAACGGGAUCAGCAGUGGUCGGCUAUGGGAUAUCCGGCACGCGGUGAAGAAGUCCCGGGAUAAUGUGUCGGUGGCUUCCUCCACCGAGGAGGGUUCCGGUUCAGAGGAGUCCGUCGAGACGGGUGCCGUUGAGACUGAGUCUACAGAUAUUGCUGAAGAGAAGACGCCCAAGGAGGAAGACAGUGUGCUUGUGUGCCGGCCAAAGGUUGGCGCGCGGAUUGUGGGCGGUGGCUUUGUUGGAAUCUGGAGAAAGAUAGAGGAGGAUGCGCGGAGGAGCUAA